UUGUAAUUCGUAGCCAAGUUUAAUCGAUUCUGAAUUUGAGGUGGUAGGUUAAAGUGCAAUCUUGCGAAAAUAAUUUUUCAAAGAAUACAAAAUAGUCACUCGAAUAGUAUUUUAAAUAUUAGAAGAAAAUGACUGAAACAGAGAAUGAAAAUACAAAAUCUGACACUGAGGGCGAUGAAGAUAACGAGCUCAAUGAUUUGGCGAUUCUAAGUAGACAUUCUGUGCUGCAAAUGGAUUCUAGACUAAUGUGGAUAAGAAACAAAGUGAUGAAGUUCUUGGGGAUAACUGGUCAGGACCUGAGUUUCUAUAAACUUUUAAACGCAAACAAUAGGCAUUUUGAGGAUAAAAUUCUUAAUUUUCUGAUACUCGAUCUAUACGGAGUGACGAAUAUCGAAAGAAAGGUGGUCUACUUUUAUGCAACUUACACUACAGAGAUUGUUCAGCAAGAGAUAGAUGUUUGGGAAAGAAAAAUGGAUUCGGAAUCAAAGAAAAUCAGAAAAAGUAGGAGAAAAAUAAAGAAGAGCAAACAGGAGCGAAAACUCGAUCCACUAGCUCUGCUGAAACAAUUAGAAAUGUCUUCGAUGACUAUUGAAUCUAGUAAAGAGUCAUCGUCCACUGCUGUCAGCGAAGUAAUCGAAAUUGGCGAUGAAGAAGAUAAAGAGGACGAGGGUGAAGACGAUGAAGAAGAAGGAGAAUAUCGUGUAGAGGAGGAAGAAGAACAAGAUGCGGAAGAAGAACGAGAAGGAGAAGAAGAACAGCAGGAAGGAGACGAUAAAUCUAAGGAAAUGGGUAGUGGAGAACCAUCAGUGUUUUCUUUAAAAAAAGAGGAAUCCAAGAGUUAUGAUUCUGUGAGCAUAAAUUUCGUGCCAUCCCCUGAAGAGGAGCACAAAUACAUUCGAACUAAAAAAAUGGUGGAAAAAGUAGAGAAAGUACCUGUUCUCCACAUAAUAUGCGGCGAAUUGGAUGGCAGUAGGAAUGAUUUACACGACGUCACCUUAUUUUAUUUUUUAAGAACAAAGGACGAGGGUGUACCGCCUUUUGAUUCGUACCAAGAAUGCGACGAAGAGAUAACGAAUUACUUGGUUGUCGGAUCUUUGCAAGGAAGAUUUUUGCUUUCGAUGAACAGAAUGCUUGCACAGGUGUUUAAACCACUGGUGGAACAUCAAUUUAGAGGACCGCAAUUUGCAGAAAUUCGGAAAGAACCUACAGACGAGGAGGAGAAUUUAACCGAUAUCCUUCAGGCCCGGAGUUCAAUUCUUAGAAGACCGUCAGAGUUUCGCAGUGUAUCCAUAGCGAUGUCUAAAAAGUUCGAGGUGAGCAGUGGUGAUGGUUUGGUAAAAGAAGCAGAGGAAAUGGAAGAAGAGAAACCAGCGGCGCAAAAGAAAAGUAGUAGAUUAAGAACCGAUUAUACAGUAUCUUCAACCUUCGAUCAACCAUCGAGCAAAACAGCAUCCGCCAUAAAAGACACAGAUGACGUGCGGCGUUCGAUUGAUCGAAGCAAAAACGAUAUCUUGUCAUAUCUGAAGAAACUGAUCACCAAAGUUGAAUGGACGAUAGACCGAAUCGAAGGAGAUCUUUUAUUGACGAUGCCAGAUAUUAUGGAAUUCCAUGAUCCAAAAGUUACAGACGAGAUGCUGGAGAAGAAUAAAGGAGUGAUCGAUCACUUUGAAGAGGUGGUAAUGUCUUGGGGUGGGCAUAUUCAAAAGGUUUUGGAAUCGUUUCACACUAAAGUGCCUGAAGAUAAAGGUCCCCUAGCAGAGAUUGAAUAUUGGCAAGACCGAGAAACGGGAUUGUUAAUGCUGGUGGAGCAAUUAAAAACCCCCAUAGCCAAAAGAAUUUUAGGACUAUUGAAUAGAGUGAUGUCGCCGAUUGCUUCGAAUUUCGAAUUCUUCUACAGUGAUUUGUGGAAGGACUAUACCGAAGCAAGGGACAAUAACAAUUUCCUGCAGACUAUUAUAAGACACUUCAAGCUGAUUGCUGAAUCGAGCUCCUUCAAAGCGAUCACCCAAGCCAUUCCAUCGUUGACCGAAGGAUUAAGAAUGAUAUGGAUAUUAUCUCGUUAUUAUGCCUCCGAAGACAAGAUGAUGGGUCUUUUGCAAAGGAUCUCCUGGGAGCUGUGUCAAAACGUCAUCAGAAAUCUGGCUACCAAAGAGCUGUUCAAACUGCCAUUGGAAGAGAUUAUCGAAAAGACAGCGGACGCCAGCACGAUGCUGAAGAGCUGGAAGUUGUCUUACUUGGAUUAUCGAAAAGAAAUCGAGGAUUCUGGGAAAGGGAAUCGUUGGGAGUUCGACCAGAAACAAUUGUUUCGUGAAACGGAAUACAUCGCAUCUGUCUGCGAUGGAUUGAACGAAAUCGCCAAUGUUCUUCAAGAUUUUUACAACAUCUUUGGACCUCACUUGAAAUCCAUCAUCAGCGACCCGGCUCAAAUCGACACCAUCAUUAAAAGGGUCGACAGGUUGAUUACGCCUAUCCUAGAAGCGGAUUUCAACAUCUUCGACGAGUACAAUCGCGACAAUUGGGAAGCGACGAUGAUCUGGUUCCUCGAGGAAGUCCAUUUCCUCGAGAACGAGGCGAAAUUCUUCAUCGACGAGUGUUUCAUGACGCUAAUUAGCGCUGAAGAUGGUCUGGAAGUGCUUCUCAAGUUCAAGAGCGUCAAGACCAGACAGACGAUUUAUCAGCAACUGUUGCGGAAGUUUGACGUCAUCAUGCAGCAGUUUAGCAAGGAGAUCAGCAUGGUCGAGGGCAUAUACAACAGAGGAAAACGAAGUCCACCACUGUUAACGUAUCACCCUCCGAUGGCUGGUGCCAUAUACUGGGUGAGGCAAUUAUUUCACCGAUUAAAAAUGCCGGCUCUGACCCUGCAAAGCAUUCCUGAGCUAAAGCACAGCGAACUGAAGUUACUGGCAUUCAGCCAGUACGUGGAGAUAGCCAAACAGAUGAAAAGUUUCGAAGAAUCAAAAUAUCGUACGUGGGCCGACAAAGCGCAAUUUGUAGUGAUGAAUACCAUGAAGAAGAGCAUCCUGAAGAUGGCACGCUCUGAGCCAGACAAAGGUUUGUUAAUGUUUCCUGGUGAAGAGAUCACGAAGAAUUUGAAUGCUAUUCAAAUGUCGAGGAAAACGAAGAGCAAACGUUAUGGCUCGACUGGAUCCACCCCUAUGGGCUCGGUUCAGAAAGGAGACGUGUUAUCGAAACCAAGCUUCGAAACGACUAGUUCGGUAGGCGGUGGCUCGAAACUCCUUCCAGCAAAGAAAUCAGACUCUCAAAAGGAUCAGAAAACGUCUGUAUCUUCGUCUAUGGAGAAACAAGGCCCUCAAGGGGCGAAGAUCACUUGGAUGGAAUUUAUGAGCGGUUCGAUUCUCGUCGAAUGCCAGCUUCGAUUCGAAGUGAACUUUGAGUGGGAGAUUUUUGAUAUUAUCCGUGAGGCCGAAUUGAUGGAACAGUUGGGCUUCGAAUUGGCCCCCAUAGUGAAAGAAGCUGGCAUUCAGAAAGAUAGAUUGAGAACUGACGUUCAAGCUACUGAAAGAGUGAUUACUCAGUACAAUCAGAUGAUUGAUAAAAUGGACAAAGCUGAUAUAUUGCUAUUAAAGGCGAAUUUAUUAGAUAUUGAGAAACAUAUUCAGCCUGGACUGACACGUUUCACUUGGAACUCGUUAAACAUACAAGAUUACAUAAACAAUUGUAAGAAAUUAUUAAGAGGUCUAAUUUCUAUCGUAGAUCAAGUGAGCCGUAUGAAAGACGACCUGAAUAAUAGAAUAAAUACCGAGCUUCAGACUUAUAAUUUAUUCAUUCUUCCUCCUGAAUUAUACGACUGCGAAUUGUUGCCUUGCAAAACGUACUUCGAGGAGAUACAGAAUCGAAGAACAGAAUUACUCACCGCGAUGAGAAAGGCCUAUCAAUCGACAAGUCCAACAUUGAUAAAAUUAGAAAAUUUAGUAUUGGGAACAUCCACAGGAAGCAACUCUGCCAUGCAACUUUUCUAUGAAAAAUAUGAGAAGAAAAUAUUCUCUUCGUUUAUAAUAUCUAUGACCAUGAAUCUGGUGCAUUUCAACAAAUCAUUGAUGUCGAAUAAACCACUGUUUCAAGUGGACGCUGUGCUAAUAUCUUCCGAGGUCGUUCUAAGACCAUCGCCUGGAGACAUUUACAACAUCAUUCUUCAGAAUGUGAAGAAUCUAUUGGAGUCGUUAAAAUUAUUCCCUAGAUGGAUGAAUGGGACUUGUCUGGAUUGUAAACCUCACAAACGAAACAAUAGUGAUCAGUACACAAGCAUUACUUUCUUCGAAGAUGUGAUGAGCAUUCAAAUAGUGAAUGAUAAUAUACUAACGAUUCAAGGGUCAGCGCACAGACUGACGUUAGAAUGUUGGCACUAUCUGAUAAGAUGGAGAAAAUACAGUAAUCUAUGGACUUUCGAUAAAAACUUGGCCGCGAAGAAGUUUGCAGCCACGGAACCAACGCUCUUUCACUACAACGAGAAGUUUACUUUCUACGACAACAUUCUCGACGAGGUGAACGAGAUGGAAACUCGUCAUGAUCUCUACUGCAUACGCCUGAAUCUGGAUCCCUUAUUAUCGGGGAUGAAGCAGCACGCCAACGAAUGGAAGCAAGUGCUAGGAACUUUCUUAUUAGAAGAGACGAUCAAAGGGAUGCACGAUUUGAAAUCGAUCAUUGAACAAUAUCGAAGCGAAGUUGAAAUCGUGAUCACAGGUUUAGAUCGUUUUACAUCGGUCAUGCAAGCGAUCUCUGACAUUAAAAAAACUGCGAUUCAAGCGGAAGUUCGUAUCAGUACGUAUCAGGAAACUUUUCGAACUUUUUACGGUCACCACAUACCUUAUCCCGAAGAAGACGAACAAAUGGCUCACAAAUUGCAACACGACUGGGAAUCGCUCUAUUUGGGCGCUCUCUAUAGAGCCUCCACUCUGGAAAGCACUUGUGAUAGAUUUUCAGAGAUGACUCAGCAACAGAUCAAUCAUUUCUUGGAAGAAUUAAAAGAAUUUGCUAAGGAUUUCGAGGAGAAUGGUCCUGGCAGUGUCGGAGAGAAUCUUGACUUUGGACUGGUCAAAAUGACGGAAUAUGGUGCGAAGAUUGCUCAACUAGAAGACAGACGCCAGAGUAUGAUCAAUUCGGAGUUGCUGUUUGAUCUUCCAGCGACCGAUUACUCGAGUUUCUUGAAAGUUAAAAAAGAUUACGAGGGCAUGGAAUUGUUGUACGAUUUAUACAAACAGCAAAGAAAUGCGAGGGAUGAUUGGUCUCAAACGUUAUGGGUGAACCUGAAUCCUCAACUGCUGAUCGACGGUAUGGAUCACUUCAUCAGAGAAUUCCGAAAAUUGUCGAAAUUCGUGAAGGAGCUUAGCAUCGGGCAAGCAUUAGAAUUGAACAUGAAGAGUUUCAAGAAUUCCGUACCGUUGUUUAUCGAAUUGAAAAACGAAGCGAUGCGCGAAAGACAUUGGAAAGAACUGAUGAAAAAAACUGGACAGUAUUUCGAUAUGGACCCCGACAGGUUCACCCUGCAAAAUAUGUUCGCGAUGGAGUUGGGAAAAUAUCAAGACAUUGCCAAGGAGAUUGUAAUGAACGCUGUGAAGGAGCUCGCCAUAGAAAGAGGGUUGAAAGAAUUAGCCGAAGUAUGGAAGAACAUGGAAUUCACGGUGGUGAAACAUAUGAAAGGCACCGAGGAUCGUGGAUUCAUUCUAGGACCAGUCGAGGAAUUGAAUCAAGUCCUAGAAGACAAUAUGAUGAACGUAAAUGGCAUGGCAGCCUCGCAGUUCAUCGGCCCUUUCUUGAACACCGUACAAAAAUGGGAGAUCACGAUGCACACGAUCGCUGAGAAUCUGGAAUUAUGGAUACAGCUCCAGAGAAAAUGGUUAUACCUCGAGGGUAUCUUCGUGGGUGGUGAUAUCAGAUUGCAAUUACCGGACGAGGCGAAGAAAUUCGAUGACAUAGAUAAAACGUUCAAGAAAGUAAUGGCGGACACCUCAAAGAGAUUAAACGUCCUCGACUGUUGCACAAUCAAUGGACGAAAGGAGGAAUUCGAAGCAAUGAUACACGGCCUCGACAAAUGCCAAAAAUCCCUGACAGAUUACUUGAACAGCAAAAGGGUAGUUUUCUCAAGAUUCACUUUCCUCAGCGACGACGAAUUGCUGACCAUCCUUGGAAGUGGUCAACCAACAGCCAUCCAGGAACACGUGGGGAAGAUGUUCGACAAUUUAGAGAAAUUUCGCUUCGAUUACAGCAACAGCGAUCGGGUGAUAACCACAGCGUUAAUUUCCUGCGAGGGAGAAGCUAUGGAGUUUCGAAACGCGGUUUUAGCCGAAGGGAAAAUCGAGGAAUGGAUGGGGGUUGCUCUCGAGGAGAUGAAGAAAUCGAAUCGAUAUCUGACGAAGAAAGCCGUCUACGAUUAUGGAAAGGUAAGGAGACCGAGGACAGAAUGGAUGUUCGAUUUCCAAGGGAUGAUGAUCCUCGCGGCUGAUCAGAUAUGGUGGACAGCAGAGGUGGAGAACGUGUUUGAGAAGAUUUCCAAGGGACAAAUGUACGCGAUGAAAGAGUAUCUCUCGCAACUGAAUAAUCAACUAAACGAAGUGGUGACGUUAAUGGGUGGAGAGACACUGACGAACAACGAUCGAAAGAAAUUCGACAUGGUAUUAACCCUGGAUGUUCACAUGCGAGACAUAAUCGAAGGUUUCGUUAGAGAUACCAUCAUGGAUCCUUCGGAAUUCGAAUGGGAAAGUCAAUUGAGGUUUUAUUGGCUUCGUGACCCGGACAAUGUAUGGAUCCACCAGUGCACCGGCACUUUCGAAUACGGUUACGAGUACAUGGGUCUUAAUGGCAGACUCGUUGUUACACCUCUAACGGAUAGGAUAUACCUAACGAUUACACAAGCCCUCUCGAUGCACCUUGGAGGUGCUCCCGCAGGGCCCGCCGGCACAGGGAAAACGGAGACCACGAAGGACCUGGCAAAAGCGUUAGGACUACUCUGCAUCGUGACGAAUUGCGGCGAAGGGAUGGACUACGUGGCUAUAGGGAAGACACUGAGCGGUCUGGCGCAAUGUGGUGCAUGGGGUUGUUUCGACGAAUUCAACCGAAUCGACAUCUCUGUACUUUCAGUUAUUUCUACCCAGUUACAAACCAUACGAUCAGCUCUGAUGGCGAACGCGAGCAGAUUCAUGUUCGAGGGUCAAGAUAUCGUGCUCGAUUCGAAAGUAGGUAUAUUCAUUACGAUGAAUCCCGGAUACGCGGGUCGAACGGAACUGCCGGAAUCGGUGAAGGCGCUCUUCAGGCCCGUCGUUUGCAUAGUCCCGGAUAACGAGCUGAUUUGUCAGAUAAAGUUGUUCAGUUCCGGCUUCUUGACCGCCAAAGUACUGGCCAAGAAGAUGACGGUCCUGUACAAUUUGGCUCGCGAACAGCUUAGCAAGCAGAAUCACUACGACUUCGGACUUAGAGCACUGAAAUCCGUGCUGAAUAUGGCCGGUCAACUGAAGAGAACUUCCGGCGAGCUACCGGAGAACGUGGUGCUCAUGAGAGCCCUCAGAGAUAUGAAUUUGCCGAAAUUCAUCUACGACGACGUGCCUCUAUUUUUGGGACUGAUCGCUGAUCUCUUUCCUGACCUCAAUUGUCCCAGAGUUCAUUAUCCUGAUUUUAACGAGGCUGUCAAUGCGGUGCUCGAAGAACAAAGAUACUCUGUGCUUUCUGAACAAGUGGACAAGGUUGUUCAAUUAUACGAAGUGAUGAUGACUAGACAUUCCACGAUGGUGGUUGGACCCACGGGGGGUGGGAAAACAGUGGUGAUCGAUACCCUGUGUAAAGCUCAGACUCGUCUGGAUAAACCGACCAAACUAUACACCCUGAAUCCAAAGGCAUGCACUGUGAACGAAUUGUACGGGGUACUGGAUCCAGUGACACGAGACUGGACGGAUGGACUUUUGAGUAAAAUCUUUCGAGAAGUUAAUAAACCUAUGGGCACUGGUAAAGACGAACGAAAAUAUAUUUUGUUCGACGGUGAUGUGGAUGCUUUAUGGAUCGAGAAUAUGAACUCCGUGAUGGACGAUAAUAAACUGCUUACUCUGGCGAAUCAAGAAAGGAUCAAGAUGCAAAAUCAUUGCAGUCUAUUAUUCGAAGUAGGGGACCUGCAGUACGCCUCACCGGCCACGGUAUCCAGAGCAGGAAUGGUCUACGUAGAUCCAAAGAACUUGGGUUAUCAUCCGUACAUGGAGAAAUGGAUGCGGGGCAAGAUCGAAUCGGAUAGAGAAUUGUUGAGUGGAAUGUACGAGAAAUACAUUGACGGGGCGAUCAAGCUCAUUAUAGAAGGAAUGCUUGGCCUGCAGGCGGUCACGCCGCUUAAGAUGAUCAUACCGCAAACCGGCUUAAACAUGGUAACUCAACUAUGUUACGUGUUCGACAGUCUUCUGGAGAUCUCAGACAAGGCAUCUCCCAUGAUUGAAAACGAAGGAGACGAAAUGACUGUGAUAGAGCCAUUGUUCGAUAGAAAGGAAAUUAUCGAAGCGAUGUACAUUCAAGCUUGUUAUUGGUCCCUGGGAGCAACUUUGGUUAUCAAUGAGAAACCACGUUUCGACGAAUACGUGAAAAAGACUGCUGGUUUUAUGCUGGUUCAAGAUACCGUCGAGAAACCAGCGACCAUACGGUACAUCCCCGUGACUGAGAGCACACUGUACGACUAUUACCUGGACUUAAACAAGAAUAUUUGGAUUCCAUGGCGAUUUUUGGUCCCCGAAUACGUUCACGACAGAGAGAAACAUUUUUCGGAAAUUUUAGUCCCAACCGUUGAUACUUCGAGAGCCAUAUGGUUCAUUCAAACCAUGAGCGAUCUCGACAGACCAGCACUUUUGGUCGGAGAAACGGGUACCUCGAAAACUGCGAUAAUCAAUGAAUUCCUUCGAAAUUUGAGUACAGAUAAAUACAAACAGCUUUUGAUCAAUUUCUCGUCGAGAACGAGUUCGAUGGACGUGCAGAGGAAUAUAGAAGCAGUUGUAGAGAAACGAACGAGAGAAAUUUAUGGUCCACCGCCUGGAAAAAAGUUGCUGCUAUUCAUCGACGACAUGAACAUGCCAUUGGUGGACACUUAUGGCACUCAGCAGCCGAUCGCUUUGCUGAAAUUCCUAUUCGAAAAAGGAGGAUUCUACGAUCGGGAAAAGGAUCUAUCGUUCAAGUACAUGAACGACAUGUGUUACCUGGCAGCAAUGGGGAAACCUGGCGGUGGUAGAAACGAAGUGGAUCCCCGAUUUAUUUCCAUGUUCUCUGUAUACAACGUCACCUUUCCCUCCGACGAAACUCUCGAUUAUAUUUACAGAAGUAUUUUAUCCGGACACUUGCAAAUAUUCUCGGAGGAAGUGCAAGCAAUCGCCGCUGACCUGGUGCAAAUCACGCUGAACCUCUAUCAGAUUAUCACGAAGGAACUGCUUCCAACGCCAAGCAAAUUUCACUACAUCUUCAACAUGAGAGAUUUGUCGAGGAUCACUGCAGGACUUCUGCAAAGUCAUCCCGAUUAUCUAUCGUCGGUAAAACAGAUCGUCAGGCUCUGGAGAAACGAGUUUACCAGGGUCAUAUGUGACCGUCUGAUCAGUAAAGAGGACAAAGAUCUGGUAGAUGGAUACAUAAAGGAAAAGAUCGAAGAGCGAUGGGAGGAAGAGGAUUCUGAGACGGUCGCCUAUGCCAUGAGGGAUCCUUUAUUGUUUGGUGAUUUUAGAAAUGCGAUUAACGAAGAUGAACCACGAUUUUACGAAGACUUGCUGGAUUACGAAGCUGUGUAUAAUUUAUUCUUCGAGAUUUUUGAAGACUACAACGAGAGGAAUGCGACAAUUCUGCACAUGGUCCUCUUCAACGAUGCGCUCGAUCACUUGACCAGAGUGCACCGUGCACUCAGGAUGCACCGGGGUCACGUGCUAGUGAUCGGUAUCGGGGGAAGUGGGAAGAGAUCGGUGAUAAACCUAGCCUCCUAUGCGGCUGGUUAUCGAACCUUCGAAAUUAGUUUAACGCGUGGUUACAACGAAGCCUCGUUUCGGGAGGACAUGAAGAAUCUUUACAAUAUGGUGGGCGUUAAUAAUCAGAAGAUAGUGUUCGUCUUCACUUCGUCUCAUAUCAUCAACGAAAGCUUUUUGGAGCUGGUGAACAAUAUGCUGAUGACCGGAGUGGUACCGUCUCUCUUCACCGACGAAGACAAGGAUGAAAUUGUAAACUCUUGCAGGAAUGCUGCGAAGGAGGCUGGUUUUGGUGUCACAAAGGAAAGCGUGUGGGCAUAUUUCGUGAAAACUAGCUUGGAAAACUUGCGUAUCGCUUUGUCCAUGAGUCCAUCCGGAGAUGCUCUUAGAACAAGGUGCCGUAAUUAUCCUGGUCUGGUGAACAGCACCACCAUAGACUGGAUAUUUCCAUGGCCUGAGCAGGCACUGGUAGCCGUGGCUAACGUUACUCUCAGAGAUAAUCCAAAUGUACCGCAAGACUAUACAGAACAGUUGGUUCAACACAUGGUGUACGUUCACAAGACCGUCCGUGAAUAUACAAUUGAUUUCCAGACGAAAUUGCGCAGAAGAAACUACGUAACACCGAAACAUUACCUAGAUUUCAUCAAUUCUUAUCUGAAUUUAUUAGUGGAGACGAAGGAUUAUAUAAAUUCCCAAUGUGAUCGUCUUUCUGGAGGUAUACAGAAAAUUGCCGAGGCUUCGGUGACGCUGAACGAUCUGAAUGAGAUUCUGGCGGUACAAAGGGUUAAAGUAGCGGAUCAAACGAAGAAUUGCGAGCAAUUAUUGACUUCCAUUGGUGAAAGCACGGAUAUUGCGAUGGAGAAGAAGAAACUGAGCGAGGAGAAGAGGAAGGAGAUAGAAGAUCAACAGAAGGUUAUUAAUAAAGAAGAAACGGAAGCGAAACAAGUGUUGGCCGAGGCUCAACCGGCCCUUGACGCUGCUAGGGCGGCUUUGAGCGAACUGGAGAAAGCGGAUAUUACCGAAAUAAGAUCUUUCGCAACUCCGCCUGAACCGGUGCAGAUAGUCUCGGAAUGCGUGGCAAUGUUACGAGGUGUGAAAGACAUAUCUUGGAAAGGUGCUAAAGGAAUGAUGAGCGAUCCCGCGUUCCUGAGGAUACUUCAAGAAAUGAACUGCGAUAAGAUCACUCUUAAGCAACAGCAAUCGGUUAAGGCUCACCUGAAGAAGACCACUAAACUGGAUCAAAUGGAGACGAUCAGUAAAGCUGGAUUCGGAUUGUACAAGUUUGUAAUCGCUGUGUUGGACUACUGUGCCGUUUACAGAGAGGUUAAACCGAAAAUAGAACGCGUAAAAGCGUUGGAAGCGGAAUCGGAACGCGCUCGAAAAGCCUUGGAAAGGGAAGAGCGUGAAUUGAAGAAGCUCGAGAAAGCGAUAUCCGAACUGAACGCAAAAUACGAGAAAGCGAUGGAGGAGAGACAAAAGCUGCAAGAGGAAACGGAUGUUCUUCAAAGACGCUUGAUAGCCGCUGAUAAAUUAAUCAACGGCUUAUCUUCGGAGAACGAACGGUGGAAGAAGGAAUUGGAAAACUUACACGAACAAAUUGUGAAGAUCGUCGGUGAUUGUGUCCUCUCGGCUGGAUUUCUUGCUUAUUGCGCUCCCUUCUCUUACGAGUAUCGAAAUAAAAUGCUCUACGAAGAUUGGAAGAACAGUGUAAUCGAGAAAAAGAUUCCUUUCACGGAGACUUUUCGAAUUGAGAGUCAAUUGAGCAACGACGUUCAAAUCAGCACCUGGACUUCCGAAGGUUUACCUCCCGAUGAAUUGUCCGUACAAAAUGGGAUCCUGACCACGAGAGCGUCAAGAUUCCCUCUGUGCAUCGACCCGCAGCAACAGGCAUUGAAUUGGAUAAAAAAGAAGGAACAAAAGAAGAACUUGAAAAUUUUAUCCUUCAUAGAUGCUGAUUUCUUAAAACAAGUGGAACUGGCGAUAAAAUACGGUCUACCAGUCUUGUUUCAAGACGUCGACGAGGUCGAUCCUGUUCUAGAUAAUGUUCUAUCAAAAAACAUCCAAGUGUCUGGAGGUAGAAUGUUUGUCCUCCUCGGUGAUAAGGAAGUAGAUUACGAUCCAAAGUUCCGGCUAUAUCUGACCACGAAGAUGUCCAAUCCCAUAUUCGAUCCUGCUUUAUACGCUAAGGCUACUAUCAUUAAUUAUAUGGUGACCAUAGGGGGUCUUGAAGACCAGCUAUUAUCAGUGGUCGUCCGAACAGAGAGGCCAGACAUCGAGGAACAACGCGAAAAUCUGAUCAUAGAAACCAGCGAGAACAAGAAUCUACUUCAACAAUUGGAGGACAGCUUGUUACUCGAAAUUGCCUCGAACAAAGGCAACAUGCUGGAUAACAUCGAGCUGGUGGAAACAUUGGAAAACACGAAAUCAAGUGCCUACGAGGUGAUGACAAAAUUGUAUCUGGGCGAGGUGACCGCCGCAGACGUGAACAAGCUUCGAGACGGUUAUCGACCAGUAGCUAAACGAGGAGCAAUAUUGUUCUUCGUUUUGGCGGACAUGGCGAUGGUGAAUUCCAUGUAUCAGUACUCUUUAAUCAGUUACGUGGAAGUAUUCAUUUAUUCGUUGAGAAAAGCGCUGCCUGACCCAACUCUUCAGCAACGCCUGAAGAACAUCAUUCCUAUGCUGACGAAGAACGUGUACGACUAUGGUUGCACAGGCAUCUUUGAGAGGCACAAAUUGCUCUUUUCUUUCCAAAUCUGUAUUAAAUUGGAACAGGAUCAGGAGAAGCUUACUCAAGGAGAGUUGGAUUUCUUCGUGAAGGGUAGUAUCGCGUUGGAGAAAGCGUCGAAAAUCAACCCCACCGACUGGUUACCAGCGACUGGAUGGGCGGAUGUACUUAAACUGAGCAAUGACUUUCCCGAUGUUUUUGGACAACUCCCUAACGAGCUGGAGGAACAACUUGAAGAGUGGCAGAAGUGGUACGACAGCGAUGCCCCAGAAUCCGAGAACUAUCCUCUGGAUUAUUCAUCGAAGUUGAAACCUUUUGAAAAACUGAUGUUGAUACGAUGUUUCCGUAUCGAUCGUGUUUAUCGAGGCAUCGUCAAUUACAUAAGCGAGAUCAUGGGAGAAGAAUUUAUUACUCCUCCGCAUAUAAGUUUCGAACUGAUCUUCGAACAAAGCACACCAACAAUGCCCAUUGUUUUCAUCCUGAGUCCUGGUUCGGAUCCAUCAUCGGAACUGAUGAAACUGGCGGAUGGGUACGGUUGCGGAGGAGGAAAAUUCAAGUACCUGUCUCUUGGACAAGGCCAGGAGAAGAUCGCAGUGGAGCUGUUAGAAAUAGCCGUGAACAGAGGACAGUGGUUGAUGUUUCAAAAUUGCCACUUGCUUUUGAGUUUCACCAGGGAACUGGAGAAGUUAUUGGAAAACGUUGGGAAACCCCAUCCUGAUUUUCGUCUCUGGUUAACCACCGAUCCAACGCCAAAUUUUCCAAUUGGAAUAUUACAACAAUCAUUGAAAGUGGUCACCGAACCACCAAGCGGAUUGAAACUGAACCUUGAGAACACCUAUCUGAAGAUGACACCCCAGCUGAUCGAAAGCUGUCCGCAUUCUGCCUACAAGCACUUGAUUUAUGUAUUGGCUUUCUAUCACGCCGUUGUUCAGGAGAGAAGACGAUACGACAAGAUUGGUUGGAAUAUAAAUUACGAUUUCAACGAGUCAGACUUCAAUGUUUGCACCACAAUUUUGAAUACCUAUCUAACCAAGGCAUUGUCGACGAAAGAGAUCAGGAUUCCUUGGAACAGCUUGAAAUAUUUAAUAGGGGAGGUGAUGUACGGCGGAAGAGUGAUAGACAAUUACGAUCGUCGAGUUUCCCAAACUUACAUGGACGAGUACUUCGGAGACUUUCUGUUCGACAAAUUUCAACCUUUCCACUUCUACCGCGACGAACGCGUGGACUACGUGAUACCACCGGAAGGAGAGUACGAUGAUUACCUGAAUUUCAUCAAGGAACUACCCUUGGUGAACACUCCAGAGGUUUUUGGACUCCAUCCAAACGCUGAAAUUGGGUACUUCACCUAUGCGGUGAAAGAAAUGUGGAGCAAUCUCAUAGAGUUGCAACCACAAACUGAAGUAAGUGGUACUGGAAUAAGCAAGGACGAGUUUAUCGACAAUAUGGCGAACGAAAUAUUAAACAAAGUCCCUACAGAAUUCGAUAUCAUUAAAAUAAAGAAAAAUUAUGGGAUUUCUGUCACUCCAACCAUUAUCGUACUUUUCCAAGAAUUGGAAAGAUUCAACAAGCUAAUUCGUACAAUGAAGAGAACUCUAACUCAACUAAGAAAGGCUGUUGCUGGAGAAAUCGGUAUGGAUACCACCCUGGAAAGUAUUUCUACAGCUGUGUACAAUGGUGUACUACCAAAACAGUGGGCCAAACUAGCACCAGAUACCAAGAAAACUCUUGCUGGAUGGAUGGAGCAUUUUGAGAAAAGAAUACAACAAUAUAAUAAUUGGGCGGGCACAAACGAGCCAAUAGUUCUCUGGUUAGCCGGUCUACACAUACCGGAAACGUACCUGGCAGCCCUUAUCCAAAUGUCCUGUCGCAGAAAUAAUUGGUCCCUCGAUCACUCUCUCAUGUACACAGCUGUAUCAAGAUAUACUAUACCGGAGAAGAUAGAAGACAGACCUGACGAGGGUUGUUACGUGAGUGGUUUGUAUCUGGAAGGUGCCAGAUGGGACCUUGAGGAACAAUGUCUGAAAAGGUCGCACCCAAAGAUCCUAGUUGAAGAAUUACCUGUACUUAUAGUAGUACCCGUCGAAGCUCACAGAAUCAGGCUUCAGAAUACUUUCAAAACACCGGUGUACACGACAUCCAAUCGAAGAAACGCGAUGGGAGUUGGUUUGGUGUUCGAAGCGAAUCUUGCUACCAAUGAACACAUAUCACACUGGGUGCUACAGGGAGUCUGCUUAAUAUUAAACACGGAUUGA